GUCUCGUUCUCAAAGACAUUUCCUUUCCAGCCCAUAUGCCUAAAAAUGCUACAAAAGAAGCUCACCCGGAUCAAGCAGGCCCGCGAGACGGCAAAGCCCUUACCUGGUGGUAUUGCGCCUCUCACAAGCUCUAAUGACUUCAAAAGCCAAUCCGUGGACUCCAAGCCGGCUGCAAAAAUCUUGGACCACCACUUCAGCACAGUAGCCGGCAACCUGACAGUCUCGUACUUGAAGGCGGCUCAAACAGACCAGCAACACCCAGACCUAAUCACACUCGGAACCGCCCGACCCUCACCACAGUACUCACCAUGGCAAACGAUCCAAACGUCAUGCCUAUCCAGCGACUUCUACGAUCCCCUCACACCCCCAUCUCUCCACCUCACCACACAGCCCUGCGUCCAAGGCGAAAAUGCCUACGAUCUCGCCCUCGCCAUGAACUACGGCCACUCCACCGGCUCCCCCCAAGUCCUCCGCUUCCUCACCGAACACAUGGAACUUCUUCACGACCCCCCGUACCGCGACUGGGAGGUCUGCCUCACAUGCGGCACGACGUCUGGACUGGAAAUCGCGCUCCGCCUGCUGUGCAAUCCUGGAGACACGCUGCUAGCCGAGAUGUACACGUACACCGGCGCUAUCGCCUGCGCGCGUUCGCAGGGCGUGCAUGUGCUGGGGCUGGAGAUGGACGAGGAGGGCAUCGUGCCUAGCGACCUUGACAGGAAAUUGAGUGAGUGGGACACGGUGGCUAGGGGACCGAAGCCGCACGUGCUGUACACGAUCCCUACGGCGCAGAAUCCAACGGGCGUGACGCAGAGUGUCGAGCGGAGAAAGGCGAUUUAUGAGGUCGCGGAGAAACACGAUUUGUUUGUUCUUGAGGAUGAUCCGUACUUUUACCUUCCGUUGAGCGAGCGUGAAGCAUCGGGAGGCUGUUCAUCUGAUGAGGGCAGAGAACACUCGGUCGAUGGGUCGGAUUUGGAGGGCUACCUCGCGGAAUUGCCGUGCUCGUAUCUCUCACUUGACACAUCUGGCCGCGUCCUCCGACUUGACUCUGCGUCGAAGAUCCUCGCGCCGGGCCUCCGCACAGGUUGGGUGACAGGAUCGUCGCAAGUAAUAAAGAAGUUCACUGCGCUGACGGAAGUCGGUGCGCUGUGUCCUAGUGGCCCGAGCCAGGUCAUGCUAUACAAAUUGCUGGACGAGACGUGGGGCCAUGAAGGGUUUUUGAGAUGGCUGAUGAACUUGGCCCGGGAAUAUGGGAGGCGAAGGAAUGUUUUGAUACGUGCGAUGAGAGAGCAUAUGCCGGAGAAGUGGUGUAGAUGGAGGGUGCCAGAUGUGGGUAUGUUCGUGUGGGUUGAGGUUGAUGUGUCUGAUAUGUGCGGUCGAAAACCUGUCGACAAACACAGCCUAUGGGAACAGCAUCUUGAGGUUGAAGAGGCGAUUUUCGAGCAAGCCAGAGAUAAUGGCGUCUUGGUUAGUAGGGGGAGUUGGUUUACGAGUGAUGUUACCAAGCUGCACCGCGUCGCUUUCCGACUCACGCUUGCUGCGGCGCCGGUAGAGAGGAUAGAUAUAGCUGCCAAGAGGUUUGCGAAUGCAAUCUGGACAGUAAUUAGUAGGAUAAAGAAUAGGUCUCUACAGUAA